AUGGCGCCGCAACAUGAGUCGCAUUGGUCUGUCGUCGACUUCAUCCACACAGGGUACUGGUGGAAUAAUCGGGGCAUCCUCCUGCUCAAUGUGUUCCUCCUCAUCCCCUUGAUGACGUCUGUAGUCAAUGGGCUAGAUUCAUCUCUAGUUAAUGGACUGCAGAUCUUGCCCGACUGGCAAAGAUACUUCAAUGAACCGAGAGGAAAGACGUUAGGUCUCCUCAACUCCGCACAGUUCCUUGGCAAUCUAAUAGCUCUCCCAUUCACACCCUUCGUGUCCGACAUCUUUGGGCGUCGAGCAGCGUUGUUCUUUGGUGGAGUAAUCAUGUGUGUCGGUGUAGCACUCCAGGCUGCCUCCUGGAGCGUGGCGCUAUUUAUUGGUGCUAGAUUCAUAAUUGGCUUCGGUCUCUCAUUUUGCCAGAACGCGUCCCCUCUUCUCCUCAUCGAACUUUCCUAUCCCACCCAGCGCGGUAAAAUCACGUCCAUGUUUAACUCGUGUUGGUACUUCGGGAGUAUCAUAUCAGCCUGGGUCUGUUACGGCGCUUUUGAUCACGCCUCUGGCAGUGAAUGGUCGUGGCGAGUGCCAACACUCGUCCAGGCGUUCUGCCCCGUCAUCCAGAUCGCAGUUGUCUGGUUCAUGCCCGAGUCUCCCAGAUGGCUUGUCUCCAAGGGAAUGGAAUCUCGGGCGGCAUCUGUUCUCGCAAAGUACCAUGCCCACGGGAGCGACGAGCGAGAUCCUCUCGUCAUGUUCGAAAUGGCUCAAAUCCGCCACGCGAUCCGGAUGGAGGAGGAUAUUAACAAGAGCACUUCCUAUUGGUCCCUCUUCCAGACGCCUGGAAACCGAAAGCGAAUGCGGAUUAUUUUGGGUAUUGCCGUCUUCUCUCAAUGGAGCGGUAACGGUCUUGUCUCGUACUACAUUGAUCUCGUCCUUGAAGGCGUUGGGGUCACGGAUACGAAGACGAAGGCCGUUAUUAACGGUUGUCUACAAAUCUUCAAUUUUGUCAUCGCUCUCGGUGCCGCCAUGCUGGUGGAUUUUGCUGGCCGUCGGCCUCUUUUCAUAGUCUCUAACUCGGGAAUGCUUGCAACCUUCUCUUGCUGGACAAUCACGACGGCGCUGUACAAAAACCUCAAAAAUGCUGCUGCUGCUAAGGCUACCGUUCCCCUCAUUUUUCUCUUUUACUUCUUCUACGAUCUGGCGUAUACACCAAUGCUCAUCGCCUACGCUCUUGAGAUUCUGCCUUUCCGGGUUCGCGCGAAGGGCUUCGCGAUCAUGAACCUAACUAUGAUGGCCACGGUUGCCUUCAAUCAAUUUGUCAAUCCAUGGGCGCUUGAUGCAAUUGAUUGGUGGUACUACGUAAUUUACUGCGGGUGGCUCGUCUUUGAGUUGACCUUCGUGUUUUUCUUCAUCGUCGAGACGAAGGGGCGUACACUCGAAGAAACAGCGGCCCUGUUCGACGGCGAGGAGCAACCCCGUGAUUUGGUGUCGAUGGCUGGUGAGGCUGCGCAAAUGUCCAUGAGAAUGAGCAGAGGCAUGGUGCUACCGGAGCAAGAGGUGUACGAGCGCAAGACGGUCGAAGACAGAAGGGAGGAAUACUACGAGAUGAAGAAGCGGUACCGCGACUCGGACGGCACGGCUUCGAGUACAGAAAUUCUUGGACGGGCGAUGUAA